AUGAGACUCCGAUUUAGAACUAUAGACUAUAACUUGUGGAAAAUAGUUGAGCAAGGGAACUUCGUUCCCAUGAAUGACAAAACAGGUCUUCCUAAAGAGGAAGAACAUUAUACAGCUGAAGAUGAAAAGAAAUUGAACUUAAAUGACAAAGUAGUCAACAUUUUGUUUUGCUCUCUUUAUUCUAUAGAGUUUGGAAAAGUUUCGGCAUGUGAAACGGCUAAAAAUGCUUGGGAAAUUCUUCAAAUCACUCAUGAAGGAACAAGUCAAGUGAAGGAAUCAAAGAUUGAAAUACUAUUCCGUGACUAUGAGUUGUUUGAGAUGAAAAUCAGAGAAAGCAUAACUGACAUGUACAAGAGAUUCUCCAACUUGAUAAAUGAUCUCAAAGGUCUUGGAAAGAGUUUUGCGACUCUUGAGCUUGUAAAGAAGAUCCAUCCUCCAUUGCUAAAAAGUUGGAUAAUGAAAGUGACCGUGAUUGAAGAAUCAAAAGAUCUCACCAAAAUGAAAAAUGGAUGA